AUGAGCCCUCAGUGCCAGGGCGCCGAUAUGUUGCGGACCAUGUUUGCCUCGCUCCUCAACUCCAUGCCCACGGGGUAUCUCGCCCUCCUCCAUAUUCUGGCUGAGACGGGCCUGGCCCACGAGCCCUGCGGAACUGCUGGAGAUCCUGCCGACAAAAAUGCCGCUGCUGCGCUCCAUCUGGCACGAAACACUUCGCAUGCACAACAACUCCCUAACGGUGCUGAGGUCGUCGCCGACACCCAGUUCACCGGCAAGAAGAAAUGGUUCGUGCAGAAGAGCGGGGUGAUCAACAUCCCCUGUGGCCUCGUGCACUUCAAUGAGGCCCUGCACCCGGAUGCCGAGUCCUUCCACGCGCGCCGGUUCUUGGAGAAGUCGUUGGGCGGAGAAGGCGAAAGCCAUGCCCGGACGACGAAGCCGUUCGGAGGUGGCGCAACCCACUGUCCGGGGCGGGUGUUUACCGAGAAGCAGAUGAUUGGAAUGGUGGCCUCGAUAGUGAUGCCUCUAGGACUUUCAAAUCGCGAAUGCGGACUGGCAGAUGCCGCUGGUGUCAGAGUUCGACGAUAUCACCAAACAGCCGAACGUCUGGCUGAAGAAUUCCAAGCGAAAGCAGAUUUGACCUACAAGUCUGUGCCGGGGAUGGAACGGACUGGGCAGGCAGUGAGUGGGCUUUGGACUCGGGGGUACUCUUGGACAUCGGUAGUCAACAUUGCGCUAUAG